UGGACUAACUAAGCGUAUUCCAAAUCAAGCCAAGAACAUGAUCAUUUCAACGCAAAGCAAUGCGAUUUCACUGAUCUCCCCCAAGUUAUCGACGCCCGUCCUCCACGGCGUCCCUCCACCAUCUUCCCAUGCUCUCAAUCGCCUCUCGCCUUCCCUGAACAACAGUCGCAUUCGCAUUCGCAUUCGCCCUCGAAACCCUUCUUGCCGGGCUCAAACCCGUGAGAAUCUAACGGACCCAUCAACCAUUUCCGAGGGAAAAGUCGAAACUUUCGCUGGAUUCGAGAUGGCGAAGACGGGAUUAUUCGACCUCGAGAGGCACUUCGCCUUCUACGGCGCGUACCACAGCAACCCGGUCAACGUGGCCAUACACACGGUGUUCGUGUGGCCGAUCCUCUUCACCGCCCUGCUCCUCCUCUGCUUCACGCCCCCUCUCUUCGGCCUCCCUCGCAUCGAGCUUUCUCUGUUCGGGCACGACUUGGCCUUGGUCUUGAACGUCGGGUGCUUGCUGACUUUGGUCUACUCCACGUUCUACGUGUUCCUCGAUCCGAGGGCCGGGUCUUUGGCCGCUCUGCUCUGCCUGAUUUGUUGGGUCGCUGCCAGUUUCGUCGCGAGCAGGCUCGGGUUCUCUCUCGCUUGGAAGGUUGUUCUCGUGGCUCAGAUAGUUUGUUGGACUGGGCAGUUCAUUGGCCACGGGGUCUUUGAGAAAAGAGCCCCAGCUCUUCUGGACAACCUCGCACAAGCCUUCUUGAUGGCUCCCUUCUUUGUGUUGCUGGAGGCCCUUCAGACAUUCUUCGGGUACGAGCCAUACCCUGGAUUUCGUGCGACGGUGGAAGCAAAAAUCGAUGCUGAAGUUAGUGAUUGGAAAGACAAGCAAGAGAAACUGAUUCCUUAAGCCUGUUCAAAGGUUUCUGUGCGCUCACUGGGGGCCGUUAACGCCACCAUCUUCUGUGAAUAUAAGCUUUGACUAGCUCAAGUCAUGCGUCUGCGCAUAGACCUUAUACUUUAACAUUCACGCAGCGAUGCGAAGAUAAAUGCAGAAGCAAUGAAAAGUCUUGUUUGUUUUA